AUGGCAAUUACAAUAGGAAUUGCUGGCAUCACGGGCAAAUUUGCGCGUCUGGUCGCAAAGCAUCUAUGUGGCGCACCGGAUAUCCAAAUUCGCGGACUGUGCCGCACCCCUGCGAAGCUUCCCGAGAGUUUCCAUAACUCACCUCGCGUGACCAUUUUCCAAGGUGAAUCUACUGAUUUUGACACUCUGCGUAAAUUUGUCCACGGCUGUGAUGUUGUGAUCUGUUGCUACCUCGGAGAUAACAAUCUCAUGACCGAGGGCCAGAAGUUACUUGUUGAUGCGUGUGAACUGGAGAAGGUUGGUCGCUACAUCGCUAGCGAUUAUAGCUUGAACUUCCCGAAUCUGGAAUACGGCCAGCUUCCUGCAAAGGAUCCAAUGAAGCAUGUCAUGGCAUACUUGGAAGAAGAGAAAGAUGUUCAGGGUGUUCAUAUCCUGAUUGGAAUUUUCAUGGAAACAUUUUGGAGUGGCUACUUUGGUAUCUGGAAGCCAGAAGAAUGCAAGCUCUCAUUGUAUGGAAACGGCGAUGAGCUCUGGGAGUCCACAACUUAUGACACUGCUGCUCAGUAUGUGGCUGCCGUGGCGAGAGAUCCAAACGCAGUUGGGGUACUGCAAUUCCUCGGAGACCGGAGAACAACCCGACAGAUUGCGGAUGACUUCGCCGAAGUAUACGGAAAGAAGCUUGAGCUUGACUUGCGAGGAUCUCUCGACGACCUAUACAGCACCAUGCAUGCAACAUACAAGCAGGAUCCCUCAGACAUCUUUGCCUACCUCGCGAUGUUUUAUCAAUACUACUGUCUCAACGGUCAAACUUACCUGAAGAAAGAUUUGGACAACUCUAAAUACCCUGAUAUUACUCCGACUACUUUCAAGAAGUUCUUCCAGUCCCACGAAUUGGAAGAACUAAGUGAUGCAAAUCAAAAUGUAGGCUCUGAUGUCUAG